CAAAUAGAACGUUAUCGCGUGAGUGUUUGCUGAAGUAUAAUUGUUGAAUUUACAAUGUCCACAAGACGGAAAAAAUAUAGUCGACAAGCCAAGAACAAGGCUGAAAGAUAUGGAACAUCUGAUUCAGAUACACCUGUGCAAGACACAGAGCACCAGCAAACUAUGCGAAUAAUAACCCGACUUUCUCAGAAAUACUUGACAACAAGAGCGACACCUGGAUCAACUUCUCAAAGUUCGGCUUUCACAGAGACUGAGGAGGAAUACUAUGGUGAUGAGGAGAACAGUCCUGACACAACCGGCCAGUCAGAUGGGAGUAUUACCUUUCCUCAACCACAUGAUGCGUACGACUUUGACAGUAAUGAAGGUCUUUCUAACCCGCGUUUAAUUUUGUCACCUGUAAAGGCUGGUCAGCUCUCAGUCAGUUGUAAGCAGACGAAGCAAAACAGGAAAGCCCCAUUCACGUUCCAAAAAGCAGGAAGUGUUAAAGAAACAACAGCCAAAAAUAAGCACAAAAACAGUUGAAAUUGUUCAAAAGAGCAGGAUGACUAGAAUGUCAUCCAACCAGAUGUCUGUAGAUGUCUCUGGGAACUCUAGUAUUAAAGAAACACCAUCACAGCGACAGAAUUUGCGGAAGAGAAAAUCAAACAAUACCUCUGAUACAGCGUCCUCAACAUCUGUAGACACAACCUUAGGAAGCCAAAGAUCCUCUCCGCGGAUGACAGAUUUGAACAA